GCCGGGCUGGGGCGGAGGGGAGCGGCGGGCCCGCGCCGUAAACAGACAACAUGGCGGCUGCAGUGGCGGCGGCCCCGGGGGCCCUGGGCGCUCUGCAGGCCGGCCGCAGCCGUUGGGUGGCCGCUGGCUGCGCGCAGCUGGGCCCUGGGCUGCGGCUGCCCGGCUCCUGGGCGGGCCGGCUCGCGGGGCCGGCUCGCGGGGCACUGGGCUGGGCGCCUGCGGCCAGGGGUUCCGCCCCGAGGAGGGGCUACAACUCUGAGGCGAAAACGGAGGAAGAGCUGCGGGUGCGGCACCUGGAGGAGGAGAAUCGAGGAAUUGUGGUGCUUGGAAUAAACAGAGCCUAUGGCAAAAAUGCACUCAGCAGAAAUCUGAUAAAGAUGCUCUCGAAAGCUGUGGAUUCUUUAAAAUCUGAUAAGAAAGUGCGGACCAUAAUCAUCAGGAGUGAAGUCCCAGGGAUAUUCUGUGCUGGUGCUGACCUUAAGGAAAGAGCCAAAAUGAGUUCCAGUGAAGUUGGUCCUUUUGUCUCCAAAAUCCGAGCAGUGAUUAAUGAUAUCGCUAAUCUUCCAGUGCCAACGAUUGCAGCAAUUGAUGGACUUGCUUUAGGUGGUGGUCUUGAAUUGGCUUUAGCAUGUGAUAUACGAGUAGCAGCUUCUUCUGCAAAAAUGGGUCUCGUUGAAACAAAGUUGGCCAUCAUUCCCGGUGGAGGUCUGCUAGGCGCACUAGCAGGGAGCUGGAUCAGAAGUAGAGCAGCCAGGACGCAAACUGGUGCCCAUGUGGGAUGCCUGUGCUGGAGCUGUGAGCUGCUGUGCUACGACACUGACCCUGGAGAUGCUACCUUGAAGAACCCACUCCUCUGGGAAGUGGCUGCUGUGGUCGUCAGGUUCCCAGAGGAGGAAGCUCCGCUGACAGUCUUGUCCCAGAAUCUUUUCACUCCAAAGCAGGAAAUUCAAGCGUGAGCCUGAGAGGAGCCCCCGACAGUGGUGUCCAGGACGUUCACAGCCCUGAUUUCUCUCGCCCUUGCUCCUGCCCUUUGCUCUGUGGAUUCAGACUGAUGCCAGUGCCUCCAGCUCCACUAGCGUGCUUUUCUUGUCAUCUGGGACUCGUGUGUGUUUACUGGACUCAGCUCAAACAGACCCUGAAAUACCUGGCCAUCUUGGAAAGUGUUGUUUCUGACUGGCAAUCAAUGCCGGUGCUGUAGGCAUUCAAGAGAACAGUACAUUCGUUCCAGAAGAAGGAUGGAGAUUCCAAAAACUGAAAUGCAUGUUGAGAAAUGGAGUCAAGAACAAUUCACAGUGUGAAAAGAAGAAUGCAAACUAUUUCAUUUAACAAGAAACAAGCUGAGAUUGUGGUUACACUUUGGCUUGCUGGGUUUCAGUUUCCCGGACACGAAACAGAUAUCUGUGAGCCCAUAUACUCAAUUUCCUGGACAAGGCUCCCCAGCAGGAUGUUGUGGAUAUUCCAGACUUACCCAGAUGUUGCAUUUGAAAGCUGAAGUUUAAAAGUAACUGUUUUUGAAUAAAGAGAAUGAUCACAGGGAAAAUGUAUUUGUCACAAAAAUCAGAAUGCUUUAACAUUUUCCUGAAUAUUUAUAAAGGAUAGUUUUCUUUUUUUGUUUUUCCUCCUGAGACUGAGGAAUAUAUUUCAUUUGCUUCUCUAUUUUAAUUUUUAAAAAAGACUUAUUUAUUUGUUAGAAAGGCAGUAUGACAGAGUGAGAAGCACAGAGAAAGAGAGAUCUUCCAUCCACUGGUUUACUCCCUAAAUGGCCACAAAAGCUAGAGCAGGCCUAGGCUGAAAUCAGGAGCCGGGAGCUGCAUCCUGGUCUCCCACAUGGGUGGCAGAGGCUUGGGCACUUGGGCCAUCUUCUGCUGCCUUCCCACAUACAUUAGCAGGCAGCUGGAUCCAAAAUGAAGUAGCUGGUACCCAAACUAAACAGGAUGCUAAUGUCACAAGCCUUGGCUUAACUUGCUGCACCACAAUACCAGCCCCCAGAGUUGCUCCUGUAAUACCAUGAAGAUUUCAAGUUUGUACCUCUUGGCAUUUAAAUUAAAAAAUGCAUCUGAUUGCAUAUGAAGCCACAUAUUCAUGUUUAGAUUAAAAGAAAGGCACAUAGAAGUUUUGGUUCCCUUUCACAUUUUACAUUUACAUUGCGUUUGAGAAACCAGCAGAGUAGUUAAGGUUUUUUUGGCUUUUAAAUGGUGAUGCUUUUGUUUCAUUUGUUUCUUAAUGUGAGAAAGUCAGAGAGACAUACAGAGAUCUUCUGUUCAUUGGUUCACUCCCCCCUUAAAUGCGCACAACAGCCAUGGCUGGGCCAGGCUGAAUCUGGGAUCUGGGAACUGAGUCCUGGUCUCCCACAUGGUGGGCAGGGACGCAGCUACUCGAACCAUCACUGGUGCCUCCCAGGGCGCCCAUUAGCAGGAAGCUGGAAUAAGCAGUGAACUGGGACAUGAACCCAGGCACUCUGCUUUUGGAUACAUGCAUUCCACGUGCCGUCUUCACCACUGGAAACUUCCAUCCCAGUAGGUACGUUUUAACUGAGAUUUUGUGUAUUACCUAAAGGAACUUUGCUGAAAUUUUUAUUCAGAAAAAUCCUCUUCUGUCCUAUCCAUAGAUUGUUUCACUCACAGAUAUUUCUGCAUCUCCAUUUUUCCCCUUCCCUUUACCUUUCUCGUAGGUGAUCCUCCUGUGAAAAGAUUGCUUGUUUUUUUGUUUUAAAUUUUGUUUCUGAGUAGGUGAGUUUUGUCACGAUCUCUGAGGCUGUGACGUUUCUGUUAGCUGACUGGAAGAUCUUCCUUCAAACACAGUGAGCAGCACUUGAGUUUCCCCCCUUCCUGGUGGAUCUCUUUUGGUGCCAAGAAGAUGCUUGCCUUCUGUCUCAAUGUCCCUGUGAACAGCCAGGGGCGUGAUCUGCUGGGAAGGUCUGGCCGAGACCAGUGGUCUGGGCUUCUCUGUCAACUGCCUCUGCUCUUUCUCUUACUCAGCAAGAGCGACUGCUGACAGCCCGGAGAUGGGUGGAAAGUAAAUGGGGAGAAGUCAGAUGUGAGUUCAGUAUGGUGGGAAAGAUGAAUGCUUCCUUUCCUUUUUUGUUAUUAUAGAGAACAUAAGUAUCUUUGGGUCAAUACAUGAAUCGCAUCCCGUCUAAGAAAUGUAAUUCUGACAAAUUAUGCUUUUGUAUGUAUGUCCGUGGUUCUGUCCUGGGCAGCAUUGGCAGGGCAAUCCCAGCGAAAAUUUGCCUCCCAAUUUGAAUUCCUGUCUGUCUGAUGGAGACAGAAGACUUAAUGUGAUGCUGCUGUUGAUCCUGUCGUCUUUUGACCUUUGAUGAUACCAGUUUACAGGGAAGCUGUGUGAGGGUACGUCAGAAGGUCUGGAAUUUUAAAAGAUGCACAUUUUCUGUGAAUUACAGGUUCCUUGUAUUAAUCAGCUUUGUGUUACUGCAGCAAAGUACCUGAUGCAGCUGAGUUAAAGAGAUAAGGUUUUUAUUUUAGCUCAGUUUUUGGAGGCUCAAUGAACACAUGUCAUGGCAGAUGCUUUGUCUCUGGUGAGGGGAUGACAGAUUGUAGAAGGCGAAACCCACGUGAAGGAAAAGUCACAUGAUGAACCAGGAAACAGAGACUUUGGACCCAAAGUUGGGAUUUUAUAACUCUCCUGUUGUGCGAACUACCUUGUGAGGGCAUAGACCCACUAACCAAAGACCUCCCACUAGGCCCACUUCCUGAAGGUCCCCACACCUCCAUGGGGACCAUAUCUUUAACACCUGGACCUUAAAGGGUACCCAAACUUAUAUCCAAACAUAGCACAAACAAUUGAUCAGAAAGUAGCCUUCAGUUUUCUUGAACUUGAACAAGAACAGCAAUAUAAUUAUUUGUAAGGUAUAUUGUAUAAAUUGAAUAAGUUGUUAUAAAAUAAUUGAAGAGAUAGCAAUAUGUAGUUUAAAUUAGAAUUUCAAUUUCAGUCUUUAUUAGAAAAUAUUUUGUUUAUCAUCAAAUGAUUAUUGAAAGUAUAUAGUUUAAUGAAAAAAAGAUACAAAGCAAUAUAGAAACAUUAAAGAAAAUUGAGCUCCAUUAAGUAAGAAUUAUGUCAGAUAGAAUUAAAAGAUAGAACGUGGUUAACUGUCAGGUAGUUGAACAGACAUUUCAAACUAAUUUAAAAGGCAGUAAAACAUAUCUUUAUACCCUGCACCAAGAUGUGUGCUUCCCACUCUUUUUCUUGCUCCACUUCCCACAUCCUCUCAGGACCACAUGUGGCAUAGCAGGCUAAGCCACUGCCUGUGACACCAUCCCAUGCUGGUUCAUGUCCUGGAUGCAUCGCUUCCAUUCCGGCUCCCUAGUGGUGGCCUGGGAAAGCCGUGGAAGAUGGCCUAAGUGGUUGAGCCCCUGCUAGCUAUGUGGGAGACCGAGAUGGAGUUCCAGGUUCCUGACUGAGCCCUGGUCAUAUGGCCAUUUCAGGGGUGAACCAGCAAAUGGAAGAUUUCUCUUUGUCUCUCCCUUACUCCUUGGAAUUCUGACUUUCAAAUAAAUAAAUCAUUUAAAAAAACCUUUGUCUCAUAGAACCAUUCAAAGUAAGUUGCGUUUUCAUAACAAGGUGCACCUUUACUGUAUAUACUUAUUAUUUUUUUAAGAUUUAUUUUAUUUAUUUGAAAGGCAGAGUUACAGAGAGGCAGAGGCAGAGAGAGAGAGAGAGAGAGAGAGAGAGGUCUUCCAUCCACUGGUUCACGCCCCAGAUGGCUACAAUGGCUGGAGCUGAACUGAUCCAAAGCCAGGAGCCAGGAGCUCCCUCCAGCAGCCCAAGGAUUUGGGCCAUCUUCUACUGCUUUUCCAGGCCACAGCAGAGAGCUGGUCAGAAGUGGAGCAGCUGGGACUCGAACUGGUGCCCACAUGGGAUGCCAGCACUGCAAGCGGCGGCUUUACCCACUAUGCCACGGAGCCGGCCCCUGUGUAUAAUUAUUAAAUAUAGGUUGUCACCACAGUGCACAGAUAUUGAACCCGUUCCUCCUGUGUAACUGAAGUUUUCUGUUUUUUGAUCAGCACUUCCCCCAAUCUUCCCACCCACCCAAAUGCCAAUUUAUUUGAAGAAUCCAGUGAUUGUCUUGUUUAGGCUUACACAUUCUGGAUUUCACUUAGCAUUUCCUCAUGGUUAGGUUUAGGUUAAGAAAUUAUGCCAGGACUAUUUCACAGGUGGUACUGUGUGUUUCAUUAUGUAGCUCUUGAUGGGAGAGUCUCCUGUCCUUGGUAAUGGCAACUUUCAUUACUUGCCUAUGGUAAUGACUGGUUGUGGAUAUACUUGAAGUGUUCUCUUGGCAUCUUUACAGAGAGAGAGGAGAUGGGAGCACCCCGGUUUCAUAGAGAGGGAGGUUCCCCAGUCUUGCUCAGGGGCACUCUCCCCAUGUCAGGGCUCUGGGACGUUACUGCACAUCCCUGUCAGCCGUGUUCAGUAGCAAGCAAUCUCCUGGCACAUUUUCCACUCUAUUUUAAGGCAUGUCUGUGAGGUGAUGACGGAAUUUUAAAUCCUGUGAGUGUGUUGUCCUGAACACAGUCGUCAUUUUGGAAAGCUUUGUUUAUAACCUUUGUGGAAAUUCUCUUAGCAUUUACAUCAGAACUUGAGCUUAUUUUUUUCAAUAUCCUCAGCUGUGACUCAUCUCUGUCCUGUGAGGAUGAAUUUGAUUUUCAUAAAUAGCAAUAGAUCUUUCUGUGCCAAAUCUAAUGAAUAAGGUCAUACUAUUUCAGGAAGAAGAAAACUUUAACAAAAAUAAGAUUGAUUUUCCUAAGAUGCUUGUAUAAUGCCAGACAUUUCGUCCCCGUUGUGAACACUGGACAGCACUGUUGCGUUCAGUGUAGUGUUUCCCGUGGUGACUUCCUUGAGAGCGACCACUUGCCAGCUGCCUGAAGAUUUGUGUAGUUAUCAUAUACACGAGCUUAUGCUACAGAGUCUCAUUUCUUUAUCCAUUAGACUGCAGUUUAGUAACUGGUUCCUUACAUUUAGCUUAGGGCGAUUGAGGAGUUGCCGACUGCGCACUGCGUAUGGGCCACUGGGGUAGUUGCUGUGUAUGAAACAGACAACAUGGACGUAUCAGCACUGCUCCCUUGGAGUUGGCCCUCUGAAAUCUGGUGGGAGAGAUGAGCCGUGUAUACAAGUGUCAUAAAUGCUCUAUUAUUGCAAUGUUUAAGUGAACAGGAAUAAGGCAGUUUGAAACCAGGAAUCAGGAGUUUAGAGAACAUAGCAUGGAUUCUGUUGGCCCUCACGAUGGAAGACCUGAUAGGUUUUAUUGGCAAACCCUAUGGCAUAGGUCCCUGGCUACUCCUUAGAGCCCGGUUGCUACUGCUGCUUCCUUUGCUCACACUGUGGUCCAGGUGUAUUUGCUCACUUAGCAGAUGUUUGUGGAUUGGUGUAGACACUGGGGCUAUAGCUAUGAACAAACCAGGAAGGAUUCCAGCCGCGUGCUGCUUACAUCCCAGCACAGGAGCAGUGGACAUGGCGAGUGAUCAAGUGUGUGUGAUGGCAGAAGUGGGAAAUGCUGUAGAAAAAUAAAUAGGGAAGGGAUCCAAGGGAGUGCACUUUAAAAUGAGGAGUUCAGUACAAGUCUUAGUGAGAAGGUAUGUUAGAUAAGACUUCAAGGAGUUGGUGAGAGGAAGAGUGUUUCAGGCAAAGGUACCUCCCCGUAAAACAUGCCUGAGGAAUUAUGCUUGGAACAUUCAUCCUAUCACUGUGACUUCAGCAGAGAGGAGGAGGAGGGCGCCAGUGGGAAUGUCCCAGAGGCAGUAGAGGAGUCAGGUGACACAGGCACUUAUGUAUCCACUGUAAGGAUUGCAGCUUUUACUCUCAAUGCUCUUGUUUUUAAAGGUUCAUUGUGAUCUCUGUGCGAAUAGCAAUAACAAGGUUAGAAGUAGGAAGCCUGUUUUUAAAAGAUGGAGCUAAGAUAAUUUCUUGAUGUAUUGGAUAGGGAGUUUAAUUAAAAUUAUUUUUGUUAAAGAUUUAUUUGAAAGUCAGAGUUACAGAGAAGCAAGCAGAGAGAGAGAGAGAGAGAGAGAGAGAGAGGUCCUCCAUCUGCUGGUUAACUCCCCAAACGGUUGCAAUGGGGCCAGUCCAAAGUCAGGAGCCUGGAGCGUCUUCUGGGUCUCCCACAUGGGUGCAGGGGCCCAAGCACUUGGGCCAUCUGCUGCUUUCCCAGGCCAUAGGCAGAGAACUGGAUUGAAAGUGGAACAGCUGGGACUGGAACUGGCGCCCAAAUGGGAUGAUGGCGUUGCAGGUGGUGGCUUUACCCACUACGCCAAAGCUCCAGCCCCAUGGAGCACUAGCCCCAUAGAUGGGGAGUUUAAAAGAGAAAGAGAUAGAGAUGUUAAGAACGAUUCAAGGGAGGACUGGUGUAUGGUGUAACCAGUUAAGCCACUUCCUGCAACACCAGCAUCCUAUAUGGGUGCCGGUUCGAGUCCUAGCUAUUCUACUUCUGAUCCAGUUCCCUGCUAACGUUCCUGGGAAAGCAAUAGAAGAUGGCUCAAGUCCUUCAGCCCCUGCACCCAUACAGGAGACCUAAAUGAAGUUCCUGGCUCCUGGCUUCCACCUGGCCCAGCCCUAUCCAUUGCAGCCCUUUGGGCUGUGAACCCGCGUGUGGAAGAUCUCUCUAUCUCUGCUUCUCUCUGCAACUCUGCUGUUCAAAUAGACAAAAUAAAUCUUUUUUUUUAAAUUAUGACUCAAAAGACUGGCUCAAGUAACUGAAUAUAGAAUAUGCAUUUUCCUGAAAAAUGAAAACUGAAAAAAGCAUGUUUGGAAGUAGCAUUCAAGUGUAUUGUUUUAGACUUGUUUGGAUAGAAGUCAUCAUUCAAUAUCCAAAUGCAGUAUUUUUUUUUUUUGACAGGUAGAGUGGACAGUGAGAGAAAGAGAGAGACAGAGAGAAAGGUCUUCUUUUUUCUGUUGGUUCACCCUCCAAUGGCCGCCACGGCUGGUGCACUGCGGCCGGCGUACCACACUGAUCCGAAGCCAGGAGCCAGGUGCUUCUCCUGGUCUCCCAUGUGGGUGCAGGGCCCAAGCACUUGGGCCAUCCUCCACUGCCUUCCUGGGCCACAGCAGAGAGCUGGCCUGGAAGAGGAGCAACCGGGACAGAAUCUGGCACCCCAACCGGGACUAGAACCUGGGGUGCCGGCGCCACAGGUGGAGGAUUAGCCUAUUGAGCUGUGACACCAGCUCAAAUGCAGUAUUAAUCAAGUAGAUGGUCAUAUAAAUGUGAAGAUUAGAAGAGUAAUCUGGGCUGAAAAUAAAAAUGUGGCAUUUAUUUUUUUCCUGGAAUCCACUCUCCUGGUGUAAAUAUAUCUUGAAAUCUAGAAACCGAUAUUGGCAUGGCCUGAGCAGACUCCUGGAGAAAACCUUUAUCUAGGUCAUGCUUAAGAAACAGCAAAACAGAUUUCCUCUCAGUAUUUGCAGUGGCAACCAGGAACCAAAACAUCAGGAAUUCUUUCUUUUUCUUUCUUUUUAAGAUUUAUUUAUUUAUUUAUUUGAAAAUUUCAGAGCGAGAGAAAGGGAGAGACAAACAGAAUCUUCCCUUCACUGGUUCACUCCCCAAAUGGCUUCACUGGUCAGGGCUAGGCUAGGUGGAAACCAGGAGUGAGGAGCUUUUUCCAGGUCUCCCAUGUGAGUGCAGGUACCCAAGCACUUGGGCCAUCUUCUACUGCUUUCCCAGGCCAUAGCAUAGAGCUGGAUCGGAAGUGGAGCAGCCAGCACAUGAACAGGUGCCUAUGUGGAAUGCCGGCACCCUAGGCGGUGGCUUUACCUAUCAUGCCGCAGCGCUGGCCCUAACAACAGGAAUUCUAAGGGACGGCAACUUCUUCAUUCGGAACUGUGCUUCCCUCAGUCCCUCCACCAUUUGACCCUGGACACUGCUAUAAUCACUGGGAAUGAAGAAAACAGCUCUAGUGAUUUCUGACAGGGGAGAUAGUGAAGAGAAAGGAGUCAGGAAGGUUAUGCCAUGGCAUUGUUUAAGAACUCCUGGAUGGGGCUGGCAUGGUGGUGCGGUGGGUUAAGCUGCAGAUACAGUGUCAGCAUCCCAUAUGAGCGCCAGUUCGUGUCCUGGCUGCUCCACUUCCAAUCUGGCUCCCUGCUAACAGCACCUGGGAAAGCAGUGGAAGAUGGCCCAAGUUUCUGGGCUCCUGCUACCCAUGUGGGAGACCCAGAAGAAGGCCCUCGUUCCUGACUUCAGCUUGGCUCAGCCCUUGCCACUGUGGCCAUUUGGGGAGUGAACCAACGAAAGGAGGAUAUUUCUGUCUUUCCCCUCUUUCUGUAACUCUGUCUUUCAAGUAAAUAAUAUGAAUCUUAAAAAAAAAAAAAAAGAA